CACCUUCCUCUACGUUUCUCACGCACCUACUAACCUUCUCCUCUCUUUCUCCGUCACCAUGGCUCGCUCUUCUCUUCUUGGUUUGUCAUGUCUACUGGUUUUCAUCAAUGUCUGCUUCGCUCAGUUUGGGCAUUUCCCUCAGGAAUUCCAAGGCGGGGAAGCAAUGCAGCAGCAUCGAUUCCAUUCUCCGAGAGCCUGUCGUCUUGAGAAUCUCAGAGCUCAAGAGCCCGUUCGUAGAGCCGAGGCGGAGGCCGGUUCCACUGAAGUGUGGGAUCAGUACAGCGAGGAGUUCCAGUGCGCCGGAGUAAAUAUGCUCCGCCAUAAAAUCCGGUCCAGAGGUCUGCUUCUACCUGGAUUCUCUAAUGCUCCUAAACUCAUCUUCGUCGUCCAAGGCACCGGCAUACGCGGGGUUGCAAUUCCCGGUUGUGCGGAAACUUACCAGACCGAUUUACGAAGAUCGCAAUCGGCUGGAUCUGCGUUCAGAGACCAGCACCAGAAGAUCCGCCAGUUCAGAGAGGGCGAUCUCCUCGUUGUACCGGCCGGAGUUUCUCACUGGAUCUAUAAUCGAGGACAGUCCGAUCUCAUCUUGAUCGUCUUCACUGACACUCGCAAUGUCGCCAAUCAAAUCGAUCCAUACCUCAGAAAAUUCUUCCUCGCCGGAAGGCCAGAGAUGGUGGAAAGAGGCGCAGAGGAAAUGGAAGGAAGAAGCCGCAGGGGAUCCGUCGGCGAGAAAUCAGGCAAUAUGUUCAGUGGAUUUGCAGACGAACUUCUGGAAGAAGCUUUCAAAAUAGGCAGUGGAUUGGUCAGGCGGCUGAAGGGAGAAGACGACGAGAGAGACAGAAUCGUGCAAGUCGAUGAAGAUUUCGACGUGCUUCUGCCAGAGAAAGAUGAACAGGAGAGAUCAAGAGGAAGAUACAUCGAAUCAGAAUCGGAAAAUGGCUUCGAAGAAACCAUAUGCACACUCCGAUUGAAGCACAACAUCGGUCGGUCUGAGCGCGCCGAUGUGUUCAACCCACGCGGCGGCCGCAUCUCCACCGCCAACUACCAUAACCUCCCCUUCCUCCGCCAAGUCCGCCUCAGCGCCGAACGAGGAGUCCUCUACAGCAACGCGCUCGUAGCACCGCACUACACAGUGAACAGCCACACGGUGUUAUACGCGACGAGAGGCAGCGCGAGAGUACAGGUCGUCGACGACUUAGGACAAUCGGUGUUCAACGGCGAGGUUCGGAAAGGACAGGUACUGAUGAUUCCACAGAACUUCGUAGUGAUGAAACAAGCAAGCGACAAAGGAUUCGAGUGGAUUGCAUUCAAGACGAACGACAACGCUAUCACGAACCUUCUGGCGGGGCGCGCUUCAGAGAUGAGGAUGUUGCCGCUGGGAGUUCUGUCGAACAUGUACCGGAUUUCAAGGGAGGAGGCACAGCGGCUGAAGUACGGGCAACAGGAGAUGAGGAUUCUCAGCCCAGGAAUGUCGCAGGGAAGAAGAGACAGAAAGAGAUGAAGAAAUGGUAGAUAUAUAUAUAUAAUGGAGUUCGUAAUGUAAUUUAGGGAAUAAAGAGCGAGCUUUCGCCGACGAGCCGUUGUCGGCCGGGAAAAUGGAGAAAUCUCUCGGAGUUUUAGUAAUAAAAGUAAUAAUGUUUCCCUCUC